AUGGCGGCGCCAGUGCCGAUUUCAGUGACCGUAUCGUUGAUGAGCGGCCGCAGCGCAAAGUUGCAAGCCACUCCAGAGACCUCGGUUCAAGAUCUUCGAACGAAGGCUGCGAAGGAGUUGAAGAUCCCAUUGGGCGGCUUGGUGUUACAGAAUCCCCAAGGUGCUCCCAAUGCGACCCCGCUUGAUGAGGAGGCGACACUUUCGGAAGCCGGCGUACGGGACGGCGUGACGCUGAGCGCCACGGUGAGGCAGGUGCCCGUGGGCUGCAGCCGGCGAAAUGCGGCCUUUGCACUCGUCCGCGGCGAUGGCACAGUGGUGACCUGGGGAGAUGCACAGUCAGGUGGUGACAGCAGCUCCGUGUAUCAGAAUCUCACGAAGGUGCAGACCGUCAAGGCUACCUCGCGAGCUUUUGCAGCUCUACGCAAGGAUGGACAGGUUGUAACUUGGGGUGAUCCUCUUCGAGGAGGUCGAGGUGGAAUGAGCUCGCACCUGCAAGAUGUCGUAAGCCUUCAGGCGUCACAGAGCGCCUUCGCAGCGCUGCGCCACGAUGGGCGCGUCGUCACCUGGGGCGAUUCAGGUGCCGGCGCUGACAGCAACGCCGUGUCCCAAAGAUUGCUGAACGUAAGCUCGAUUUCGGCGACAGCCUUUGCCUUGGCGGCGAUUUGCCAAGAUGGAUUUGUAGAGACCUGGGGUGACAGGCGCUACGGCGGCGACUGCCAGGAGGUACGGAAGGAGCUGCAGGAUGUCCGCGUGAUCACCGGCAAUGACUUUGCUUUUGCUGCCAUCCGGGGUGACGGCAUCGUGGUCACCUGGGGCAAGGAAGAUUGCGGGGGCAAGCCGGGAACUGACAUACAGGCUCAACUCACAGACGUGGUUUCAAUCGAAGCGUCGAGCGCAGCCUUCGCUGCGAUACGAAGUGAUGGGCGUGUGGUCGCUUGGGGCGACAAGGAUUUUGGGGCGGACUGCUCCAAAGUUAAGGACCAGCUGGUCCGAGUUCACAGCAUCACCGCCUCACGCGGAGCCUUCGCAGCCCUGAGAGCAGACGGUACGGUGGUCACCUGGGGUUCUGAGUCCUAUGGCUCCGCAAACCAACAAAUGGCCACGGUUCUCCAGCAACAAAGCCAGCAGCAAAUCAACCUCGUCAAGGCCACCGAGUUUGCGUUUGCAGGCCUGCGAACGGAUGGGCGUGUGGUGACAUGGGGCAACGGAGUGGAAGGUGGUGAUAGCACAGCGCUUCAGGACAAGCUGCGAGACGUGCAGCAGAUUGAGGCUUCAUCGGGUGCCUUCCUAGCCAUCCGAGCGGACGGUAGUGUGGUCACCUGGGGCAACUCUGAUAAGGGGGCAUACGUCAAGCCAAUCGAGAUGUACUUGAAAGACGUUCACUGCAUUGGGACGUCCUUGAACUGA